AUGUCGGGAGAGGUCCGCUUGAAGCAGCUGGAGCGGCUGGUUCUGGAGGGCCCGGUCCAGUCCGGGGGCCAGAGCUUCAGCGUAGAGACCCUAUUGGAUAUCCUCCUCUGCCUCUACGACGAGUGCCUCAACUCACCAAUCAGGAGGGAGAAGAACAUCGCCCAGUUCCUGGAAUGGGCCAAGCCGUUUGCCUCCAAGGUGAAACAGAUGCGUCUCCACAAGGAGGACUUUGAGAUCUUGAAGAUCAUUGGUCGAGGAGCUUUUGGAGAGGUUGCCGUGGUGAAGGUGCGGAAUGCUGAGAAGGUGUUCGCCAUGAAGAUUCUUAACAAGUGGGAGAUGCUGAAGAGAGCCGAGACGGCGUGUUUCCGCGAAGAGAGAGACGUUCUGGUGAAUGGGGACUGCCAAUGGAUCACAACACUACACUACGCCUUCCAGGACGACAACAACCUGUACCUUGUGAUGGACUACUAUGUUGGCGGUGACCUCUUGACCCUGCUGAGCAAGUUUGAGGACCGGCUGCCAGAGGAGAUGGCCAAGUUCUAUGUAGCCGAGAUGGUGCUUGCGAUACACUCCGUACACACACUGCACUACGUACACAGGGAUAUCAAGCCUGACAAUAUUCUGCUGGAUGUGAACGGCCAUAUCCGCCUGGCGGACUUUGGCUCCUGCCUGAAGCUCUCAGAGGACGGCACAGUGCAGUCUUCAGUAGCGGUUGGCACUCCUGACUACAUCUCUCCAGAGAUCCUACAGGCCAUGGAAGCAGGUAGGGGGCGAUAUGGUCCCGAGUGCGACUGGUGGUCUCUGGGCGUGUGCAUGUAUGAGAUGCUUUAUGGGGAGACGCCCUUCUACGCAGAGAGCCUGGUGGAGACGUAUAGCAAGAUCAUGAACCACAAGGAACGGUUCCAGUUCCCCAUUGGUCAGGGGACGGAGGUCUCGGACGAGGCGAAGGAUCUGAUUCGUCGGCUGAUCUGCAGUCGAGAGAUGCGAUUGGGCCAGAGCGGCCUGGAGGACUUCAAGCAGCACGCCUUUUUUACAGGCAUCGACUGGGGCAACCUGCGCUCCUGCGAGGCCCCCUACGUCCCAGACGUCAGCUCACCGUCAGACACAUCCAACUUUGACGUGGAGGACGACUGUUUGAAGAACACGGAGACGAUGCCUCCCCCGUCCCACACGACCUUCUCUGGACACCAUCUGCCCUUCGUGGGAUUCACCUACACCAGCAACUGCGCCCUGUCGGACCGCGGGUGCCUGGGUGAGAGGGGGGCCCCGGGUUUCGGUGGAGGGGGGCCUCUGGACGAGGAGGUGCAUCGGGGCCCGGAGGACGGCCUGGCCACGGAGGCUUACGAGAGGAGACUACGCAGACUACAGCAAGAGAAACAGCAGCUGAGCAGAAAACUACAAGAGGCCACUAGGGCAUUGCAGGCUCUACAGUUCUCCGCAGGUGACCCCCCCUCCUCCGCAGGUGACCCCCCCAGUACGGAGGUCGAGAUCCACGGACUCAAAGAGGAGAUCGAAAGCCUCAGGACGCAGAUCGCUGACUCGGGUCAGCUGGAGCACCAAUUGGAGCAGGCCAGCUCAGCGAGGCGGGACUUAGAUGAGUCUUCUCAGCGAAUCAGAUCGCUGGAGAAGCAGGUGAAGAGCAUCAAGCAGGAACGAGACGCCAUCCAGAAGGAGUUCUCUGAACAGAGUGAGCGCGUGGCGAGCCAGUCUAAAGAGCUAAUGGAGGCGCAGGCCCAGCGGAAGUUAGCCUUGCGGGAGUUCUCCGAGGUUAGCGAGAAGCUAACGGAGCUAAAGGCGGCUAAGCAGCGACUAGCGCGGCAGCUACGAGACAAGGAGGAGGAAGCGGAGACACUUGCAGCCAAAGUGGAGAGCGUACGACAAGACGCACGCAAGGCAGAGAGGACCAAGCAGGAGCUUGAGACCCAGGCUGAAGAGAAUGCAGCAGAAUGUCAGAAGGAGAGGAAGCUGAGGGAGCGAAGUGAACAAUACUGCAGACAACUAGAGGGGGAGCUAGACACCAUCAAGAAGCAGGCCGGUCGCUCUCCCGGUGUCCCAGUUGUCUCUCCUCCCGAUCAGCAGCAGCAGCAGGAGGUGGGCCGUCUCCGUGACAACCUGGAGAAGGAGGCGCUUCUGCACCAGGAGGAGGCUCAUCGUCAGCAGUUGAGUGAGAUCAAGUCUCUUCGCCAGGAGCUGCAGGAAGCGGAGGCCCAGCAGAGGGCGCUAUCACAGGAGAUCAGCACACUCAAGGACAAGCUGGACAAGACACGACACGAGAGUGGUGACAGUCAAAGUGAUCGUGAUGAGAUGGAGGUGGACUACCAGAUGAGGUUUGAGAGGGAGCGAGUUCUGCUCUCAGAAGACAACAAGAAGCUCUCCGCCGAACUAGACCGGGUGACGUGUCAGUACGAGCGCUUGAGUGUGUGUAACAGGCAACUGGAGGAACAGCUGAGAGAGCUGGGAGACAAGAAGGAGAGCGUGGCACACUGGGAGGCCCAGAUCACCGAGAUCAUACAGUGGGUGAGCGAUGAGAAGGAUGCUCGUGGGUAUCUGCAGGCUCUGGCCUCCAAGAUGACAGAGGAGCUCGAGGGGCUUAGAACCAGCAACCUGCUGGGAGCACGCAACACGGAUAUGCCGUGGAAGGUUCGUCGGCUGGCCAAGUUGGAUGCGUCUGCUCGUCUGGAGCUGCAGUCUGCGCUGGAUGCCGAGAUCAGAGCCAAGCAGGCCGUCACUGAGGACCUAAACAAGGCCAAGGCACUUCACAUGGAGACCGAAUGCACACAGGCCGUCACUGAAGACCUAAACAAGGCCAAGGCACUUCUCAUGGAGACCGAAUGUAAGCUACAGGAGUCGGAGAGUAAGAACCAGGAGCUGCAGGCAGAACUGGAGAAACUCAAACGGGAAACAGAAGAAGCACUACACACAGGAGUGAAGCAUCAGGACUCCCAGAAUUCCUUCCUGGCGUUCCUCAACGCGCCGACGUCGGCUCUGGACCACUUUGAUAUCGACUCGAUUGAUAACUUCAGUCUCAACACUCCGUCUCGCGAGGACGACGCCAAGUCUGGUCACAUGACCUCGAGAUCGCGAUCCGCCUCCACGGCCAGCGACCCGGAACCAGUAGAGGCCUGUGCUCAUCAGUUUGUGGUGAUGUCCUUCAGUCGACCUACGAAGUGCGGCCAGUGCACCUCACUUAUGCUGGGGCUCAUACGCCAGGGGUGCACAUGCGAAGUGUGCCAUUUCUCGUGUCAUGUGACCUGUGCUGAUAAGGUGCCCUCCGCGUGCCCGAUUCCUCCCGACCAGACCAAAGGACCCCUGGGCAUCGACCCUCAGAGAGGCAUCGGAACCGCAUACGAGGGACACGUCAGGGUGCCUAAGCCUGCGGGCGUAAGGAAAGGUUGGCAGCGAUCGCUAGCGGUGGUGUGUGACUUCAAACUCUUCCUCUACGACCUCCCAGAAGGCAAAGCGUCAACGCCCAGCCCUGUGGUCCGCCAAGUGGUGGACAUGAGAGACGAGGAGUUCUCUGUGAGUUCAGUGCUGCCCUCUGAUGUCAUCCACGCUAACAGGAAGGAUAUCCCCUGCAUAUUCAGGGUAACGGCGUCCCAUUUAGCGAAGAGGUGUUCGGUCCUGAUGCUGGCGGAUAGCGAUCAGGAGCGGAACAAGUGGGUGGGGCUUCUGACAGAGCUGCAGCGAAUCCUGCGCAAGAACAAACUGAAGGAGCGAAGCGUCUACGCCCCCAAAGAGGCCUACGAUAGCACACUACCACUAAUCAGAGGAACGCAGACCGCAGCCAUCAUAGAUCAUGAGCGCGUGGCUCUGGGCAACGAGGAAGGGCUCUAUGUAAUCCACAUUACCAAAGACGAGAUUCUCCGUGUGUGUGACAGUAAGCGCGUCCACUUGAUGGUUCUGAUGCCUGCUGAGCAGCUGGUUGCCAUGGUUUCGGGUCGUAAUCGUCACGUGCGUCUGAUGUCGUCGGCCGCUCUGGAGGGGCGGGACAGCGAGGCCUACAAGAUGGCCGACACGCGCGGUUGCCAGGCUAUCUGCUAUGGCGUCGUCAGACAAGGGGGCGGAGCCACGAGCGUAAUGUGCGUGGCCAUCAAGAGACAGGUGUUGGUGUAUGAGCUGACGAGGACGCGAACGCGCCAGCGAAGAAUUAAAGACAUUCAGACCCCCGCACCAGUGCAGUGGAUGGCCUUCAUAGCAGAGAGGCUAGUGGUGGGACACCAGGCUGGUUUCAUGCGCUACAGUAUCCAUGGUGACUGCCCCCCCUCCCCCCUUCUGCACCCCGAUGACCACACGCUGGCCUUUGUCACCCAGCUUGCUCUCGAUGCCCUGUGUGCUGUGGAGGUGUCCAGUAAAGAGAUGCUACUCUGCUUUAGCAGCGCGGGACUCUACGUAGACACACAGGGGCGGAGAUCCAGACAACAAGAACUCAUGUGGCCGGCCACACCCACUGCAUGCUGUUACAGCGCCCCCUAUCUGUCGGUGUACAGUGAGAAUGCGGUCGACGUGUUUGAUGUCAACACCAUGGAGUGGAUACAGACAAUCCCAAUGAAGAGGGUCCACCCGUUGACGACAGAUGGCUCCUUGAACCUGCUGGGGGGUGAGACACCACGCCUUGUUUACUUCAAGAACAAGACUGCAGAGGGGGAUGAGCUGUGUGUUCCUGAGAGCUGUGACAGCAGCAGCAGCAGUAGGAGGCAGCUGGUGAGAAGUGGAAACAACAAGAGAAGAUUCUCAUUCAAGAUCCCAGAGGAGGAGAGGAUACAACAGAGACGGGAGAUGUUGAGGGAUCCAGAGCUGCGCAGUAAGCUGAUCUCCAACCCAACGAACUUCAGCCAUGUGGUGCACAUGGGACCAGGAGACGGCAUACAGAUACUCAAGGACCUACCUAUGAACCUGCGUGCGGAGGGUCGUGGAGUUCUAGGUGGUUCCGUCAGCAUUCCGACCAUCACCAAGACGAGAGCGGAACCCGGACGCUCUAUGAGCGCUAGCAGCGGACUGGGAACACGUUCCUCUCAGAAUGGCAGCGCUCUGCGUCGCGAGUUCUCGGCGGGAAGCUACGGUUCUAAGUUCCAAAUGGCGUCUCCGUCGGAAGGCUCGCUCUCGUCAGGGGGGGGGCUCGACUGCGCGGGGGAAGCCCCCAUCUCACAGUUCGACCGCGACUGUCCGUCCAAAGACAAGACUCCUGAUCUGAAGCGGACGUUACGGACUCUCCUUAGUAAGAUGAAGGAUUCGGACUCCCCUCGCCACUCCACGGCGUCCAACAGUUCCAGCCUCAGCAGCCCCCCCUCCCCCUCUCCCCCCUCCCCUCACAAGCCCGACAGCCAAUCACUGGAGACGAACCAACGCAUGGGCUGGGAGACGUGA